AUGAAAAUUCUUAUACGUAUUGGUAUGACAUUAUUUCAUUUUUUUGUUAAAUAUGGUUUAAAUCCUCAAAAUUUACCAGUUAAACCUCGACGACGUGAAUCAUUAUUUUGUCGAUCAAAAUAUACUCAUUCAUCAGUACGUUUCCAAAGUGAAAACACAUCAUCAAACAAAAAAAAUCUAACAAUUUUUGAUAAUUUAAUCACUUAUAUUCAACAUUUUGAUUUACCAAUUGAAAAACUUUUCAAACAUGCUUUUGGCAUUCAUCAUUUACAACGAAAAGAAAUUUUUCGAGCUAUUGAGAGUGAAGAAGAAAAAAUAAAAUCAGAUCGUCGUCAAAUAAUGCCACAACUACGUCGUUCAUCAUCUACAGGUAAUCAAUUAUCAAUUCCUGCACCAAUAUCAAAACCUGUUGUACCUCGUACACUUCAUCAUCAAAAUUCUAUGCCAAUAAUAAUGGUUCGUGAAUUUGAAACAACAGCAGCCAGUCAUUCAGAUUUUGCUUAUUUAUGGUCAUUAAUUCCAAGUCGUUUGACAGAUUUUCAACCUGAACGUAUUUAUUCAUCAAAUAUUCAUGGUCGUCGUUUACGAACAUUGUAUGAUCAUGUUGAAUAUCAUGAAUAUUGUCUUAUUAUAAUACGUAAUGAAAAUCAAGAAGUUUUUGGUGGAUUUUGUUCAGGUCAAUUAGCUAAUCGUACGAAAACACGAACAUGGUUUGGUACAGGUGAAUCAUUUUUAUUUACAAUAAAACCAGAACGACAAGUAUUUAAAUGGGUUGGUUAUUCACCAUUAACAAAAGGUAAUACACAAGCAUAUGAAGAUUAUUAUAUAUAUGCAGAUGAUGAACGUUUACAAAUGGGUGGAAGUAAAGAACCACUUAAUAUUGGUUUAUCAAUUCGACAAGAUUUAAAUGAAGGUAGUACAAAACAAUGUGAUACAUUUGAUAGUAAACCAUUAUCAACUAUUGAACAUUUUCAAAUAAUGGAAAUCGAAGUAUUUGGAUUUACACGAUAA